AGUAUAUCCAGUUUUUUUCUGGUCGUCAUGCCUUGCGAUGUAACCCGACUCAUUGACGAGUUUUCAUCUCUCGUCACUGUAGUCUUGUGCUUCCCUCGACAGCGUGUCAUUGGCGAUGUUGUCACAGCCCUGUCUUCUCAUUCUCCUUCCUCUGCAUUUACUUGUUUUCCUGCAUUGACGGCGGUGUCAUUCACACCGAUCCUGGUCCAGACACUCGUUCUAUCUACUCUCCUUAGCUACCUCGGGGGCGACACACUUUCGGCUCCUCUGAACAUCAAACCCUUGGAGCGUCUCCUUCACGACAAGCUCAAUACAAUGCUUGGCUUCAAAGCGCGCUUUCUCGUGCUCAGCCUGCUGGCCAGCUUGGCGAAGGCAGAGGAAGUAACUGGCAGGGCAGAGGUCGAUGUCAUCUUCCCUCGAAAUGAUACGUUUGAGCCCAUGCCGCUCAUGCCCGUCGUCUUCGCCGUUCAGAACCCCGGCGCCAUCGGACAGCUUUACCCGACUCUUCAAUACUGGCUGGCCCCUCUGGAUUCACCUAAAGAAGGAGGCUAUCAAGAUCUCAGAAUCAGGGAUCUUCCUCCCAACGAGACGACAGCAUUCCUCUACAGGGGCAUCGCCAACACGGUCAACACAGAACGCAUGUGGGAAUUUUCGUGGCAUUUACGGUGGACCAACUGCUCCACGUCGGAUAACGGCACCGCCUUUGACGAUGAGCAUACGCUCAAUGAUCUGAACGGCUUCCACAGGCGCACGUAUAAUCCCCUCCAGAGCAUCAUCUUCACCACGCGCAAGGGCGGGCUUCAGCCCAACCUGACCGCUCUCAGCACCGGGGAGGACUGUGGCAAGACCCAGGCGCUCGGGUUCGAUGUCAAGCAGUAUCUCUCGGUCCCGGCAAGGCUGAGUGGCGACGGAGUCACUUCGUGUGCGCUUCUCGCGAGCCCGGCGCCUACGCCCAGCCCAUGCAAGGCCAGCGUCGAGUCCGAAGCCGCCUCGAGCAUCUCGUCGAGCCUCACCAGCACCGAAUGUCGCAGCACGAAUCCUGCUGUAAGCUGCCCGCCCAAGGACGACGGUGCAGCUGCUCUAGGUGCAGGUAGUCUGGUUGCAUGGGUGGCUGCCGGCUCAGCCUGGGUCAUGUACAAUCUCUAUUAGCCAGGUUAGAUGGGAAAUGGCGCUGUAAUGAAGGCAUGUUUCUUAGAGUGGUGUUAGCCAACGGCGUCGAGGAGCUUCAUAAUACAU